AAGGCAUAUAUGCCUACAUUCACUGGGUGCCUUGGUUGCCACUUGCAACCCGGCUGACUGCAUCUGGCCCUCGGGGUCAGCAAAGCAUACGGUGACUUCAUUCUGGGUAUCCAUCUAACUCGCAGACCUCAACUUUCGUAUGGUCGUAGUGUGUCACGGCAGGAAACACUCUUAACAUGUUGUGUGGCGGCACACUUGACACAACACAGGCAGACCGAAGACAGUUGCGGUUUGCGGCGCCACCAAUACACGACAUCCCUCCACUAUUCGUCACACUUGUGCUGCUCCAACACUGGACCUGCUUGGAAGACUGGCUUGAUGCGGCUUUGUAUUGUAUAAAGACAGGCAGCAAGCCGGAAACGACAAGCCACAACCCCUUGAAAAAGACAAUGAUGCAUGAAUGUAAUUUCCAUAUGCCACUCCAAAUGCAUAUUCACCGGAUCUACCUCUGCAUAGCACGACUCGCCAACGAGGUAUCGGCCGGUCCAAAGGACGAGAAGGCUUUCAAACCAUACGGACUCCGUAGCCCCAAAGAAUUCGCGCCUCACACCCCACGACACCACAGUAAUAAAAGCAAGAAACCUCAAGAACCACAACAGGAAAGUCACUGCCUCGAUUUAGGCCAGCUGAGCCGUGAUUUGACCUCUUCACUCCAACCUUAACCACACCAUGAGCCGCCCUCGACACUGUCGAAAGGCAACCGAGCGUUAAAAAACAACCGUAGCAUCAGUUCGCCUGAAAAGAAAUGCAACGCACGCAUGAAUUAACCGAUUAGUCGACUGACUACCUCCCACCUGGGAA